AUGAGGACCCCAACGUUCAUGGUCGCAGGCAUCGUCUGCUUACUGCUUCUCAACUCUGCAAUGGCCUCAUUGGCAGCUUGGUCUACGGACAUGGGAGACCAGCUUGUCCUCCAGGCUCCCACUUCCCACCUUUUUUACCACAGCAGUUGCAACACCUCGAACGAUCUCGUCUUCCCAGUCAACGACCCUUUCAUCUUGGAAACCGAGUUCCCUCCCAAAGAACACAGCAGCCUGGCCGGCGUCGGCUGGUUCGACGCCGUGACAACAUGGGCUUGUCUCUGGUAUCAAGACUCCUCAAACAACCUCGUGUACGCUCGCUACGAGUGCAACGCCACCAGCGGUGCCUACGCGCUUCACAACUCAGAGAUCAUCUCGACAGCCCUUCCCGAUGGCAUCGCGCUCCAUGAUCGUACGGCGCUCAGUGCCGUCCUCCUUGGCGCCGAGGAGGGCAUUCGAGUCUACGCCCACGACGAGGAAAGAAGGAUCCAUGAACUUUCGUUUCAUAACCCAACAGGCUGGCUUUAUGGUGGAUCGGUGGCGGACCAGCCUGGUAAUGGGUUCGCGCUGGCAUCUGCUGCGUCGGCUGAAAAGGAGGUUACCGUCAUUGUACUGGGUGACCAGCGCAUUCAAGUGCUCCAGAAGGGCAUCGAAGACGCUGUUUGGGACAGGUUGAUCUCUUCAACGACUGGCGAGAUAGCUUCAUUCCAACCCAACACCCUCCUUUCCCUAGCCCUUACAAUCGACGAUCAAGGAUCAUCCUCCCUUUUCUACAUCGGCACCGACGCAACGCUCCAUCACCUCCUCUCCCCACCAACCAACCCGGAAACCUGGGUCCCCCAGCCCGCCCAGCCCCGCGACCUCUGGCCAAGGGCAAAUACCCCUUCCGUCCCCCUGACUAUAACCUCCCGUCGGGGAACUCGCUAUUUCACACUCUACUACCAGAGUUCCCCCACGGAGAUAGCCUGCUCAACCUUCAACGGAGAAGCCUGGUCCACGAACCUCCUCCCCCUCCUCCCACCUCCGGAGAUAAGCCCCUUCCUAACCCCCGAUCCCACCACUCCGCGCACCGAACCCCCGCAGCCCAGAAACGUCAAGGCCCCCCUCUCAAAACCAGCCCUCAUAGCCCUGUGCACGAUGCUGCCCGUCGUCGUUGUGCUCUCCCUCUGCGCAGCGUGCUUCUUCACACACCGCAUGCGCCAGGCAGCUGCAAGGCAAGGCCCCCGCCGCGCGCCGUCGAGAACGAGACCGCGCUCGACGGAUCUGGCGUUCCGCCACGUCAGGCCGUACAGCGAGUUUGGCGAGCUGAGCUGGGAGGAUGGCGUGAGCGAGGAUAUGACUACGGUCAGCCCGUGGCGGAGGAAGAGGGGUUGGACGUGCUGA